AUGAAUGAACCUUGGGUUGAAAGAUUUAAAAAUUUACAAAAGAGAUAUAAAUUUGGAUUAUGCUCAGAGUGUCGGCAACCUAAGACUGAUGGCAGUCAGUGUCAAGUUUGUAAUGACCAACAUUCUCAAAAUAAUUUCAAAAAUUUAACCAGCGGCAGUUUUGAUAUUGAUCAACUUAUUCAAAAUCAGCAAUUAAAUACCGUAUUUAAAGCUGUAUGGAAUGAGGUCGGACCCCUUAGCAACUUAUAUAUUGAAGAUGAAUACUGGCUAAAGGGUAGUGCUAUAAGCGACUCUAAGGAAAUUGUUCUAAAAAGUUUAAAUAAUUCUCAAAAUGUAACUGCUGAUUUUUUACAAGAGAUUACUUGUAACAAGUUAGUUAAUACUGAUUUAGGUAAGGAAAUUUCUAGACAAUGCAAACCAGUGCUAGAUGCCGAAAAGAAAAAACUUUGUAAGCGACUUUCAGAACUUUAUAAGCAGUACAAAGAGCAAUCUAGAGAAAUAGAGCCCGAAGAAUCAGAAAAAGUAAAACAAGAUUUAUUUUCUGAAUUUUGCCGCCAAAACAAUUAUGAAGAGGAUAAUUAUUUUUAUGGAACAAAAAAAUCAAGAGAUGAGUUUGAUGAACUAUUAUAUCCAACUAACAUCAAUAAAACUUAUCAAACUCACUCCCAAGCCAUCUAUACCAGCCGCUUAUUAGAUUUUCCAAAUCUCUCCCAACCCCAAAAUAAUCUUUCUCAAGAAUGA